AUGGCGGCCCUGAUUCUUGUGAGAACCAAGAUGGCCACCGUUGAAAGAGUAAGUGAGAACCGGCCGUGUCGGGCGCGGUUAAACACGGCGGUUAUGCCGGUCCGGUGUGGAGGGGAAAGUGAGGGAUCCCCGGUUGAGAGGAAAACUGAUCCGUCGGUCAUAUACUAA